GUGGAGUGGAGUGGAGUGGAGUAGUAGUUAUCUGCGUUGCUGCUGCCUAGCACCAAGGUUUCUUUUUUCUUCGGCUUGGCUUGCUUGCAGUGCGGGAGAAGGCGUGUCGCCGUGGCCAGGGGAAAUCUAUCUGCUUUGUUUUGCUUGAGGAGUUUUGGAAUCGCGUAGGCGUGGUGCUUAGCUUAUCCUCCUCCCUCCAUUUCCCCAUCUCCAUCUCCAUUCUCCAAGACUCCAAUCCAUCGCUGGCUGCCUUACGCCACAGGAAGAAGCAACCCACCAGCAAGCCUUCCCCUUGCCUCCAUUUCUUUGCUUCUUCUCCACCUUAUACAUGCGAUGUGAUUCAUCCAUCCCUGCGACUGCGAGCGAUCCCAUAUAAGCUGCUCAUCACGCAUUAAUCCAAUCCAAUCAGAGGGUAGGGAGCGACCUCAGCACGCAUUAAUCCAAGCAGCAAACCAAGCACUUGCACAACAAGAGAGACAUAGGUCUUUUUCUACUUGUGCUCCUCCUCCUCCUCGGCAAUUAAUGAGAGGGGCCAUCACCUCGAGAGGUUGAGGUGAAGAAACUACAGAAGCAAAAGAAAGUGAGUCAAGACAAAACUUCCUUCACCUAUGGUGAUAGCAUCUGGAGUCAUAGACAGGAGGGCGUUUGGUCCACUGUCAGAGUCAUCAUCUUCCUUCUUCUCUGAGGAUCUCGUCCCUGCUGAGAGACAAGUUGGAUUUUGGAAAUCAGAGUCAAUGGUCGAUCAGAAAGAGAGCAAGUCAAUUUUCGCUUCUCCACUUGAAAAGGACCAUCCCAUGGGAGUAAAUCCUGCAUGUGGUCUGGAACAUCCAGGAGUUCAAGCGUUCAAGGGCCAAUUGGACGUGCUUAACCUCAGUAAUUUGAUGGGGCAAGAAGAAAAUGCUUCAAGAUUACCAUCAAUUUCUUGGGGUGAUAUCCUCAGUAGCUCCAGAUCCAGGCUUGGCUUGUCUACAAGAGAGACAGCUUUUGUUGAACCAACUAGUGCUGAUCAACGUGUGCAUGGUUAUGGAAAUGGCCCUUCAUCCAGCUCCUUCUCUGAAGUGUUCAGUAGCAAAUCGAGAUUGAUGGCAAGUGGUGUUCUUGGUCAAUCUGUUGAUGCAAAUAACUCCAGCUGUGAUGGAGAUGAACCUCUAAGGUCCAUGAAAGAAAUUGAAGCUCAAACUAUUGGAGACCUCCUUCCCGAUGAUGAUGAUUUAAUAUCGGGCAUUAUUGAUGGCUUUGAAUACACUGACUUGUCUAACCAGGAUGAUCCUGAUGAAGACAUAUUCUGCACUGGAGGAGGAAUGGAGUUAGAGAAUGAUGAUUCAAGCAAUGGUGACAGAUUUCAUGACGGAUCCUUCAAGAGUCAACUUUCUGGGGAACACUCUAUCAAUAAACACCCUUCCAGAGCUCUUACUAUUAAAAAUAUUAACACAAGCAUUGAGGAUUCUGAGCUACAGGUUCUAUUUCAGCAAUAUGGUGACGUACAGACACUUUACACCUCCUGCAAGAACCAUGGAUUUGUUACAGUGUCUUACUAUGACAUACGAGCUGCCAAGAAUGCAAUGAGAGCACUGCAUAAGAAACCUCUGGGGCUAUUGAACCUUGAUGUACAAUUUUCCAUUCCUAAGGAACAGGUUCCAAACAAAGAUCUCAAUAACGGAAUACUGGCGGUAUCCAUCAUUGACUCUUCCACCUCCAACGAUGAGCUUCUCCAAAUACUUAGUGUUUAUGGUGAUGUCAAGGAGAUUUGCAGGGAUCCUACAAGCUGCAAUAAGAAAUUUGUGGAGUUCUAUGAUGUUAGAGCAGCAGAGGCAGCGCUGAAUGACCUUAAUAAGGGUGAUAUGUCAUGCCCAAAAAUCAAGGUUGAGCUUAGUCAUCCUGGAGGAGCAAAAUCCUGCUUCACACAGCAAUGUUCUGGAGAAUGGGAGCAGGACACUGAACCUCACCAGCUUAAGAACUCUGCACCUGGGAUCAUUGGAAAGUUGGGGCCUAAAAGUUGGGAGCAUGGCUCUCUACAUAAUUUAUAUUCUCCGGUUAGGCAGCAAUUCUCUAUGAAUGGUCCUCAAAAUUUAUCGUCACCUAUCAGAAUCGAAUCUACACGUCAGCACAGUAACCAAGCCACCCUUUGUGUACCUAGCGGGUCGCUUGGUCAAGGCAACUUUGGGUGUGGACUGCAAGCCUUCCACCCACACUCACUGCCAGAGUAUCAUAACGGUAUUUGCAAUAGCUCUAAGUCCAUGGCAUCAAGUGCCAGGAAUGCUAGCUUCAGAUUAACUGAAGGAGUAGAUUAUAAUAAUCGUAAGGUCGGCUCCAGUGACCUUCAUGGUCAUUCCUCUGACCAAAACGAAGAAUUUGGGGUUUCUGGAAUUGGAAGUUGCCCACUUCAUGGACAUCAUUACACCUGGAAUAACCCAAAUGGUUUUCCUCAAAGCCCCUCUGCUCCAAUGUCGUGGUCGAACUUUCAGCAACCGAUGCAAAUGCAUGGUUACGCUGCUGUGCCACCGCAUAUGCUGAACACUGGUGCUCAUCCUAUGGACCAACAUCACUUGGGUUCAGCUCCAAAUAAUGUAGGUGGUUUUGUAAAUGUGCACUCCUUUCAUCCAGGAUCUCUUGAGAAUGUAGGGUUUCCUGGCAGUCCUCAACUGUAUCCAUCAGAUCUCUCUGUAUUUGCACCUACCCGAGGAAAUUACAGGGAGACCAUGUUCUCCCCUGUAAGUGCUGGAUUUCCAUCACUUCAGCAAAUUUUUCAUGCAACCAGUGGAAGGAAUCCUAUGAUCCGUGUUUCCACUUCAUAUGAUGCCACUAAUGAUCGGAUCAGGAGCCGCAGGCAUGAUGGAAACGCUGUCCAGUCUGAAAACAAGAAGCAAUUUGAGCUUGACAUUGACCGCAUAACAAAGGGUGAAGACUUGCGCACCACACUGAUGAUAAAAAACAUUCCUAACAAGUACAAUUGUAAGCUGCUUUUGGCUGUCAUUGAUGAGAAUCACCGAGGAACCUAUGAUUUCAUCUACCUUCCAAUUGAUUUUAAGAACAAGUGUAAUGUGGGCUAUGCUUUCAUCAAUAUGACUGAUCCGCAGCACAUAAUUCCUUUUUACAAGACAUUUAAUGGCAAGAAAUGGGAAAAGUUCAAUAGCGAGAAAGUGGCGUCACUUGCGUACGCCAGGAUCCAGGGGAGGAGUGCUUUGAUUGCCCAUUUCCAGAAUUCUAGCCUGAUGAAUGAAGAGAAAUGGUGCCGCCCCAUCCUUUUCCACAAAGAUGGUCCAAAUGCAGGGGAUCAGGAGCCUUUCCCUGUGGGGAACAAUGUCCGGUCUCGGUCUGGGAGAAACAGGCCACUCACUAGCUCCGACACUAAAGACGGAAGUCCAUCAACCUCACCUAACUAAGAAGCUCUAGCAGCCGAGCCAACUCAACUUGGGACAGCUUGGAGCAAAGGUAACCAGUAUUUGGUCACAAACUGGAGGCCGAAGAACCAGUAAUAAAUCAUUCCCAGUUUUGCUUCUUUUUUUCCUCGUCAGCAAGGUUGUAACUUGUGAGUGCAAUGAUUAAUGAGAACUCUGCUCUACAUGAACCUGCUGAAGAUUCACCCUAACAUAUUCAAGAGACCCUCGGUUUUGCCCUAUCAAACAAUAUAUCGACGGCUACAAAGUAUGGCGAAGAGCAAGCAGGUGAAGAGAUAGAGGGUGAAAUGGAACUUGUACAGUUGAAUUCAUCAGAGUUGCUAAAUGCUAAGCAACUUGAAUUGUUUUAGGGUUUAUUUUGCUGUGCUAACUUAAACUUCCCCUUGCAUUCAUGCGGGCAUGCCUCGGCUCCAUGGGAUGAUUGCAAUAUAGUAUAUAUGCAGUGUUCACCUUGCCUUGU